AUGACAAACGCUAUCCACACGACCGGCCGUUCCGGCAUGGAACUACCUUUCGGACCUGAAGAGUCGAAAGAGGAAAUGGCAAAGUACCGCGAAAUUCUGAAGGACGGACUCUCAUCAUGGAAUCAAAACGCCUUCAAUAGCGAUCUUUGGCAAGGCAUCAGUGAAGAACGAAAGCGAAAAGCAAUGAAGUUGCAAGAAGAGGCUUUCAAGAAACCACUCUUCCAGCCAAAAACGACGGGCGGCAUGGUUCUCGUGAAUCUUAAUGAAGACCCCAAAGCCAAUCCCGAAUGUUUCGAACCACGAACGCUCGAGCUCCCGACGGGCAAAAGCUCGCCAAUGUCUCACCUGGCUGCGGAAUGGAAGAAUAAGAACGAUAUUGCGUACCAGAGCAAUCUCAUCACAAUCAAAUGGUUCUGCUCCAUUCCUUUCCCAAAUCGAACGAACGAGGACGAAAUAAAACUUCAAGAAUCUCCAAGAGGAAUGAUGUGUAGCCUUAUCAACCAGCUUUUGCGGGAGAUUUCUGAGAGGUUCCCCAAGUAUGAGCUGAAAGGGUCACUGUUGCGAGAGGGCGGCUUUACUGAGCGUCUCGCCAACCGCGAGAUCGAAGCCUUGUACGAGCUGUUCAGUGCCCUGAUGAUAUAUCUUGACCCAGGAGCUGAUGUGAUGUGUGUGAUCGACGAGAUUACCCGAUACGAAACAGAUCAGCUUUCAGAGGAAUUGGAUUACGUUAUCACGCGGCUAUUAGCGCUGGCAAGAAUACAGUCGGGGGGGCCGGUGGCAUCCAAACUCGUUUUAACGUGCCAGAGCAGAGCUACGCAGAUCAAUGAGUACUUCGACAAUGGCAGAUACUUCAAGGACAACAUCUUUGAUGGGUAG